CAGAUCUGUCUUUCAGAGUGAGUUGGUCACUGGAAAGGAAUAUGGAUACAAUCCCUGAACUGACUCAUUAUAUUAAAAACUUCAAGCUUGAAGACUUUUCUUCAAGGAAUCAAGGUUAUGACCGAGUCCUCCUCCAACUCUUUGGGUAUUUAGGACACGGCAAAUCCUCCUUCAUCAACACCUGCAAGUACGUCUUGGAAGAUGGGGAGUACCAGAACUACACAAAUGCAAAGAAACCACAAAAAGGAGGAGAUCAGGGUGACACUACAGAGAGAGUUACGUAUCCACUGACUGAUAUCAUGACUUUGGUGGACAACCGUGGGUGCAGCAAGAUGGACAAUUAUGAAACAGCAGAAUUUUUGGCCCAGCUUGCCAAUCUGUUGCCCCUGGAUAAGGGAGUGGAGUGGAGCAAAGGAUUCGGGCUCACAGAGAGAAUUGUGGAGGCUGAGAAAUUAGUCAAAUCAUCUGACUUCAUCUACCCAAUCUUUGUCUACAGUGUAUGUAAAAACAUUGCUAAUGAAGAAAUAACAGAGAUCAAAAUGUUGCUUGAAGCUGCCAGAGACCUGACAGAGAUCUUUCCUAUUGUGGUUCUAACCCAUAAGACCAGAGGCAAUCUGAGUGCUAUGAAGGAAAAGUUUGAAAACAUGGGAGUGGAGAGAAUCUUUGCCCUUGAUAAUUUCACCCCAGAAGAUCACAUCAAAACCAGAGGGAGACACGAGGAGGUGCUGACGUUCUUCUGUGAAGUUACUAAAGAUAUAAAGUUUCGCUUGGAGAGAAUGGGGGAUCCAGAGGAAAAGAGACAAGAAAGGAAGAAAAAGGUGCUCAAGUUCAUUCAUGACAGGGAAAUGAAAAGGGGAAAGGAGGAGUUAGAUAUGCAGAAAAUGAAGGAACAAAGGAUGAAGAAAGACAUGGAAGAAAUGCAAAGAAAGAUAGAAGAGGGGAACAAGAGUUCCUGCAAUGUAUCUUAAACCUGAAAUAGUUUCGAUCUUUCUACCAGCUAAGGUUGAGUUCACACUAUGUUGCUUUAACCUUGUUUGGCUGAUAAGUCUAAUCAUUCUAAAUAUUUCAGUUUUUUUUAAUUCCUGGAAACUUAGAAAACUGAUUCAACUGUACAAUUAAAAUGCCACAGACAAGCUUUAUUUUGACACUCACACCACAUACUUUGAUCUACUUUACUAAACUCAGAAACUAUCCCAGCGACUAGAUUUUAGCAUACUGUAUGUAGGGAUUCUAGAUAAUAGGAUUGUGCUCUGGGGGUAGAACAAUGUACAGGCUUUCCAAACAUCUCUUGUAGAUUUAAGGUUGCGGUUGUACAAAACAAAUUAUAAAAAUUAAAGGCUUAUGUUUGUGCUGUUC